AUGUCGAAUCCCAAUGCAGCUGCUGGACAAGUGGAUCCACUCAAGCAGAUCACUGACUUUCUGGCGGCUCAGCAGCAGACGUUGAACUAUUUGCUGAACAGAUCUCAUGACCAUGAAGGCCUCAUCGAUACUUUGGCGGCAACAUGCACGACCUUCUCGUUUGACCCCGAGAACGGUGUCACCUUUGAGGAUUGGUAUCGUCGUCACGAAGACAUUAUCAAAGUUGACGGUGAAGUUCUCAGUGAUUCCGCCAAAGUCCGUCUUCUAUUGAGGAAAUUGGACUCAGUGUCGUUCGCGCGGUAUUCCAAAUUCAUCUUGCCAAAGAAUACUCGCGACCUGAAGUUCGAUGAGACGGUCAAGAUCCUCUCGGACAUCUUCACGGCACCAGUGUCGAUCUUUUCAAAGCGCUGGAAGUGUCUUCAAGUGGAAAUGAAGGAGACAGAGGACUUCAUUGACUACAUGGGUCGCGUUAAUCAGCUGUGCGAGGAUUUCCAAUUCAACACCCUCAAGCUCGACUCAUUCAAAGCGCUAAUUUUUGUGCUGGGCCUCAAAAACCCGCGAUUCGCCGAAGUUCGAACGCGGUUGCUCCACAAAUUCGACACCAAGGUGGAAGGCAUCGAUCUCGCGUUUCUUCUUGAGGAGGCUAAACGUUUCACCAACCUGAAGAAAGACGCAGCGCUUGUGGGCUUUUCUGAGCACACAUUCGAGCCACCAACAGCCACAGCGAAGGUCGUGAAGAAGCAUUUCAAGCCAAAGCCCAAUCGAAAGCAAUUCAACACUCAAAACUCUGCUCCAUCGCACUCAAAAGACUCUAACGAUAAAGAUCGACCAAGAUCUCCUUGCUGGUUCUGUGGAAACAUGCAUUACUCGAGGGAUUGCACAUACAAACAGCACAAGUGCACUUCCUGCAAUUCCGUUGGCCACAAAGACGGAUAUUGCCUCAGCGCAAGUAAGGCCAGGAAGUCAACCAGAUCAAAUGUUGUCCAUAUCGCCAACUGUGCCACAAGUGAGACACGGCGUUUCAUCGACGUCUCAAUCAACCAUCACGAUGUCUCACUGCAGUACGACACAGCCAGCGACCUGACCAUCAUCUCACACAAGAUAUGGAAGGAAAUUGGAUCUCCUGCUCUCACCAACACGCAGAUCAGGGUCAAGGAUGCUCAACUCAACGUCAUGAGUAUUCUUGGGGAGUUUGAAUGCACAAUCAAACUCAACGGCGCCACACACACAGGAAGAUGUUUCGUCUCAGGGUCCAAUAGCAACCUUUUCGGCAUCGAGUGGAUUCAGCUUUUUGAUCUUUGGUCAAAGCCAGCUGAUUCUUUUUGUCGGAACGUCUCAGUUGCUCCAAUCGACAAGGCGAGACUCAUCCAGCAGCUCAAGGAGGAGUUCAAAAACGUCUUCGAUGAUGGACUGGGACUCUGCACCAAGACGACCGCCACACUUCAGCUCAAGGAAGGGGCCAAGCCAAUCUUCAGGGCCGAAAGACCAGUUCCUUAUCACGUCAUGGACUUGGUCGAGUGUGAGCUGCAGCGUCUUGAGGACAAAGGCAUCAUCAAACCAGUGACUUCUUCCGAGUGGGCUGCCCCAAUUGUGGUCGCAAGAAAGGCAAACGGCUCUGUGAGAAUCUGCGGCGACUAUUCAACGGGUCUCAACAGCGCGUUGGAAGACAACAAAUAUCCAAUCCCAACGCCUGACGACAUCUUCCAGAAGCUGGCAUCUGGUAAGAUAUUCAGCAAUAUCGAUCUGUCCGAUGCCUAUUUACAGAUCCCCGUUGAUGAGGACUCACAGAAGCUCUUGACCAUUCACACACACCGUAGUCUUUAUCAUUUCACACGCCUUGCACCUGGCGUAUCAGUCGCCCCAGGACAAUUCCAGGCCAUUGUCGAGGGAAUGCUGGCAGGCAUAGACAAUGUCGCAGUUUACUUUGAUGACAUCUGCGUCUCAGGUCCAGACAUCACGUCGCACAUCGCCACAGUCAGAAGAGUGCUUCAACGCCUUGAAGAGUAUGGUUUCCACAUCAAGCUGGAGAAGUGCAACUUUUUCCAGGCACAAGUCAAGUACUUGGGCCAUAUUCUGGACUCUCAAGGACUGAGACCCGAUCCUGCGAAAGUCGCGGCCAUCACGAACAUGCCACCACCUCAGGAUGUUGGUGCCCACCCAUUUUGGCCCUUCGAGGCAACGCCGACCAAUUUGCGAAGGCGUCCACCAGCUUUUGCGGUGACCAAGUGCAGUCCACGCCGCCAUUCAGCUCUGCCGUAUCAAUCUUCACACGCCAAGUAA